AUGCCACGAUUCGCAGCAUUGCCUGCUCUCGGUCGCGCACCGCUGUGUGCGCAGUGCGCGCGCGCUGCACGCCGCAGUACGGCGCCGAAAGCAGCAGCAGCAGCGGCAGCAGAAAGGCCGCCCACGUUUACGUCCACGUCUCGCGCCAUGACCACGGCACGACGGUCGUUUGCGUCGGCGCAGGCGCGCACGUCUCUGCAGCAGUCGCGAUGGCUGUCCCUGUCCCCCCGGCUGUCUGCCGCCGCGCGCGGCCCACCGGCAACAGAUCCCGAUGCGGCGUCGUCCUCAUCUCCGUCGGCCGCAUCCCCGUCGACGCCGCCCUCGUUCUACGCCCUGUUCCCCAAGACGUUCCCGCGCGGCGCGCCCCCCGCUGGGCCCUUUGCCGUCGAUGUGCGUGCUCUGCGCACCGAGUUUCUGAGGCUGCAGGCGGCCGCCCAUCCGGAUUUUCACCAUGCGGCGGGGGGCGCAGCAGACACCAGCGUGAGUGGCGCUGCCGACGCAGCCGACGCCAGCGAUACGAGCGAAACGAGGACACAAACAGGGACACAAUCAGGGACUGGCCACUCUAGUGCCCGCGCCCGCGCCGAGGCCCUGUCGUCGCUCAUCAACGAGGCCUACCGCACCCUGGCGUCGCCCCUCUUGCGGGCCCAGUACCUGCUGCGGCAGCGCUUUGACGUCGACCUCGCCAACGACGAGUCGACGCUGACUGGCGACCGUGGCAAUGGCAGUGGCAGUGGCAGUGGCAGCGGCGGCGGCAAAGACAUGGACCUGCUCAUGGCCGUCCUCGAGGUGCGCGAAGAGAUUGAGCAGGCCCAGGCCGAGGCGGACCUGGAGCCCGUGCGCGCGGCCAACGACGCGCGCAUGCGGGCGAGCGAGGCCGUGCUGGCCGCCGCGUUUGCGGCCGACGACGCGGCGGCGGCGCAGCGCGAGGCCGUGCGGCUGCGGUACUGGGUGAACAUUGACGAUGCGCUGCGCAACUGGGAGCGGGGCAAGGACAUUGUGCUGGAGCAUUAG